AUGAGCGAUCGCAUGCGCGAGUGGGCGGAGGAGCUGAGUACAUUACAGAAUAAGGCGGUCGACACGCUUGUCAAUGUUCGUCCACCUGCCGACGCGCACAUUAGGCUGAGCGAAGACGUAGAAAAGUUUCUCGAGGAGAAAGGAGAGUCAGCAGACGAGAUUCUCCAGCUGCCCGUCAUCGUGCCAUUACCUGUGGAUGAUGCUCGACCGUUAAGGGAUUAUUUCAUUUCGUCUUCUCAUAACACCUACCUUCUCUCGGGCCAGUUGCUCGGGCACUCGUCAGCGCUCUCCUAUGUUCACGUCCUUUGGCAGCAUGCGCGCUGCGUCGAAAUGGACGUCUGGUCAUCUGCGCGCGGGCUGGUUGUCACGCAUGGCUACACACUCUCGAGCGCGGUCUUGUUCCGAGAGGUCUGCGAGGCCGUCGGGCAAGCCGUGCGUGAGCACGACUGGCCUGUGCUCGUUAGCCUCGAGUGCCAUGUGUCUGUUGAGGGUCAGCCGGAAAUUGUGCAGAUCAUGGAGGAGUGCUGGGGAGAACGGCUCGUUAGAGGGCCCUUGGGCGUCGAGGGCACCAAAUCGGAGGUUACGCCGAAAGACCUCAAGGGCAGGAUCAUGGUCAUGGUCGAGUAUUAUCCUCCUAAAAACUCGGAAGAUACGGAAUCCCAAAACGCGCCACCAAGCUCCUCGUCUAAUGAUUCCUCUUCUGACGACGAGUCACCAGGAGUAGAGGCCAAACUUGCCAAACCGCCCAAGCCUUCGCCUAUCUCAGACACUCUCGCCGAGCUCGGCGUCUACGCACGCAGCAUGAAACCAAGCAAAGACUGGCUCACGACCCACAUCACGUAUCCCGCACACGUCAUGAUCAACAUUUCUGAGUCUGCGCUAUCUGCACUCAUCCCUCACUCGCUCGACGCGCUCAUCGCCAACGCUCAGCGUCAUCUCCGUCGCGUCUACCCACGCGGUACUCGCAUCGAAUCCAGCAACCCUGACCCGCUUGCCUCAUGGAGCUCCGGUAGCCAAAUCGCUGCACUUAACUGGCAGCGGUAUGAUCUUGGUGUUCAAAUGAACGAAGCCAUGUUUGCUGGGACACCCGGAUGGGUCGUCAAGCCCAAGAAGCUACUCGGCCAAGUACCUUCUACAGACGGUCGGAAGAUGAGGCUCAAAUGCCACGUGGUCGGCCUCAGCUCACUUCCUGUUGGUAAAGAAAGGACCAACGUAGCUGCAUAUGUUCGCGCUCAUCUUCUAUACACUGGCGUCCCAAAAGACGCCAGCACGCAAUGGCGGAGCGAAACAGUGCUAUGCAAAAACCCUGAGGAAGGGUUAGCUGAUUAUUUCUGGGACGCGCGUUUCGCGUUUGAGUACGACGCGGACAGUGUGACGUUUAUACGCAUUCGUAUCAAGGAAAACAUAAAAUAUGAGAGAGAUGCAGAGAGAGCUGCAGUUGUCGCGCGGGUGGAACAAGUGCAGCCUGGGUGGCGGCUCAUGCGUAUGCUGGAUAACCAAGGGAAAUAUUUGGGCGCGACACUACUCGUGCAUUUCGAGUUUGAGGACGUGGAAGCCGCAUAG